AUGGCCUUACGAGGGACGGCUCUUCAUAACGGCACCUCCAAUCUCUCCAACGCGGCCUCCCUCCUCUGGCACGCCUACCACUCCCUCCCGGCCCCCUCCAACUCGGUCAACUGGGCCGGCUUCUACGUCCUCGACCCGCUCUCCACACCCUCCAAGCCCUCCCUGAUCCUGGGCCCUUUCAUGGGCAAGGUCGCGUGUCAGACGAUCCCCUUCGGCCGCGGCGUCUGUGGCGCCGCCGCCGCGAGCCGCGAGACCCAGCUCGUGCCGGACGUCGACAUGUUCCCGGGCCACAUCGCCUGUGACGGCGACAGCCGGAGCGAGGUCGUCGUCCCCGUCGUCGUCCCCGCGGCCGAGGGCGAUGAUGGCAGCGACAGGCUUGUCGCCAUCAUCGACGUUGACUGCACCCUCCCGGGCGGCUUCGACGACGUCGACCGCGUCUGGCUGGAGAAGCUCGCCGCCCUGCUGUCCAAAAGCUGCGAUUGGUGA